GACGGACUGCAAAUACAGACGUACUGCAGGUCGGAUCAGUUCGCAGGAUGCAAGAGGAUUCUCCGUCUUCCUCUAUGUCAUCGUCACAGGAAGCUCUUAAACAAGCAUGAGGACUGUAAAGCCCUUCCUUUGCGUCUCCAAACACUGGGCUCCUCUCAGGUGGCUCUCCAAACCCAGAAACUGUUCAGAUGCAGCCAGACCCAGCUCAGCAGAGAAGAAGAAAGUUGUCUCUGACAGCUUCAGGAGACAGGUAGCUUCCGGCCCGCGUCUUCAGGACUUUAUUAAAUCUCCAGUGACUCUGGCUGUAAAUUGCGAACACACCGACGAACAUUAUCUUUCUGAGGACUUGGGGCUGCUUGGGGACGCAAGGAAAGUGUAUUUUGAAACUUAUGGAUGCCAGAUGAAUGUAAAUGACACAGAAAUAGCCUGGUCCAUACUGCAGAAGAAAGGCUAUCAACGGGCAGCUGAUUUGAAUCAGGCAGAUGUUGUCCUCCUGGUGACCUGCUCUAUAAGAGAAAAGGCCGAACAAACCAUUUGGAACAGACUCCAACAACUGACGGCCAUGAAGAAGAAACGAUUAAAGACCAACUCGCCAAUGAAAAUAGGGAUUUUAGGCUGCAUGGCUGAGAGGCUGAAGACUGAGCUGUUGGAGCGGGAGAAGCUGGUGGACGUCCUGGCUGGCCCUGACGCCUACAGGGACCUUCCUCGACUUCUUGCCGCCGCCGCUGGAGGUCAGCAGGCGAGCAACGUGCUGCUGUCUCUGGAGGAGACCUACGCAGACAUCAUGCCCGUCCAGCAUGCCAGUCAGGGCCGCAGUGCUUUUGUCUCCAUCAUGCGAGGCUGUGACAACAUGUGCAGUUACUGCAUUGUUCCCUUCACCAGAGGUAGAGAGAGGAGCCGACCUGUCAGCUCCAUCCUGGAAGAGGUUCAGAUGCUCUCUGACCAGGGUGUGAAGGAGGUGACUCUGCUGGGUCAGAAUGUGAACAGCUACAGGGACACAUCAGAGGUUCAGUUCUGCAGCUCGGAGCGGACCAAGCUGAGCCGCGGCUUCAGCACCGUCUACCGAGCCAAACAGGGAGGCCUGCGCUUCUCCGACCUGCUCGACCUCGUGUCGCGCAUUGACCCCGACAUGAGGAUAAGGUUCACUUCCCCCCACCCCAAGGAUUUUCCUGAUGAGGUUCUGCAGCUGAUUGCUGAGCGACAGAACGUUUGUAAGCAGAUCCACCUUCCGGCUCAGAGCGGGAGCAACCAGGUCCUGAAGGCCAUGCGCCGGGGUUACACAAGAGAGGCCUACCUUGAUCUGGUGGACAAUAUAAAGCAAAUCAUCCCAGACGUGAGUCUCAGCAGCGACUUUAUCUCAGGCUUCUGUGGUGAAACGGACGACGACCAUCAGCAAACUCUCUCCCUGAUCAGAGAGGUGGGCUUCAACGUGGGCUUCCUGUUUGCCUACAGCAUGCGAAAGAAGACGCACGCCUUCCAUCGGCUGCAGGACAACGUGGUGCCGCAGGUGAAGCAGCGCCGGCUAGAGGAAUGCAUCAGCGUUUUCAGAGAGGAAGCAGAGAGAGUGAACGCUGCUGUCGUUGGCAGCACGCAGCUGGUGCUGGUGGAGGGAGAAAGUAAAAGAUCUGCUGAGGAUCUGUGUGGGAGAACUGAUGGGAACAUGAAAGUGAUUUUCCCCAAAGAAGAUGUUGCCGUUCAGGCUUGUGUGUCUAACACCGCACCAAUCCGUGGGGGAGACUAUGUGCUGGUGAAGAUCCUGUCAGCCGGCUCCCAGAGCCUGAGGGGCCGGGCCCUCAGUCACAGCUCCCUGAGAUCAACCGCGACCCCCAGCUGUGAUGGAUACAAGUGAUGCUAUAAACCACUAUUUAAUGUUCAGCUUUAUACGGUUUUAUCAUCAAGAUCAGUUGUAUUUAUUUGACUAAAAUCCAGUUAUUUAUUAUGAUAAAUAAUUGUUUAUAACUA